ACUAGGCAUAUCGAGGCUUUUGGAAGGAAGGUCACAUCAACUGCCGGGCAUUUGAUAGGACCGCCCGAGGAAUCUGGAAGCAACGGCGGUCACUAUCACAGUGCUAUGGUCGACAUUCACCGCGAAUUACGACGACCCAAGACACAGCGCAAAGUUUUCUCUUUAACGCAAACCACUCCGACCGACUUGGUCCGCUCCAAGCUCUAUACCUCCGAAAUUCAAUCGCGGGCCAUCUCCUCUCUCCCCGACGACCUCCUGGCGAACAUCCCUGAAGACUCCAGCUCAUACUCGUUGUUUGAAGGUUUCCAAGCGACUCUCCCCGAGGAUGAACGUGAAUCGAGAAAAUCCCACCGGAGGCGCAGCUCGAAAGGCGGAAAACUGCUCAAAGAUGGCGAGAAGGACGCAGCGCUACCGCCCACUGCGAGUGGAUUGAAGCAGGACAGGGAGAAACUCAGUCGCCGAUUGAACAUGAUGGGUGUUCGCAAAAAUAUGUGCAGUGCGGAGAUUCACGAGAUUGAUAACAAAAUCGCCAAUCUUCACAACAUUCGCAAGAUUGUUCUGGAUCGGUUGGCUGGCUUGGAAAUGGAUGAAGCGGGAUUGGAACAUGAGCUGACCGAGAUCGAUAACAAAUUGGAGGAUAUUCCAGACGAAGAGCCAGAGCCUGCAGCAGCGGCCGCGACUCCCAAGUCUUCCGAGGCGAACGAUGAUUCCAUCAUGUCUGAAGAUGCGGCCAUGGAUGCCUCUUUCAUGUCCGAAUCGAUUUACCAGAAACUGCCUUCGCCCUCGCAGAGAAGCUUAAGGCACAAGUCCAACAGAAAACGAUCUAUGCCCAUUCUACACGAACAUUUCGCUCCCGGAUCACCAAUUAAAGAACUCGAAGCCCACACCGAUGUAGUGACCGCCAUCGAUUUUGACUACCCCUUUGGAACUAUGGUUAGCGCAUCGUUGGAUGACACAGUGCGAGUCUGGGACCUUAACACAGGUCGAUGCGCAGGAUUCUUGGAGGGGCAUCAUGCUUCUGUUCGCUGUCUACAAGUCGAAGACAACAUUGUGGCUACGGGUUCCAUGGACGCUUCGGUCCGACUCUGGGAUUUGAGUCGCGCACGACCUGUGGAGAGGAGCAACCGAAUUGGCAGAGGCCAGGAGGAGGCAGAAGAACACUUCGAACCUAGCCGUCCCUCGUCAUUAUCUGCCUCAACUUCUCUCAGCGAUUGUCAUGUAUUUUCAUUGGAGGCCCAUGUCGAUGAAGUGACAGCGGUUCAUUUCCGGGGCAACACUUUGAUUUCCGGUUCAGCAGACAAGACUCUGCGACAAUGGGAUUUGGAAAAGGGCCGUUGUGUGCAAACGCUCGAUGUUCUCUGGGCGGCAGCCCAAGCAUCAACGCUGGGUGGCGGCGACACGCAAUGGAGACCGUCGGGGCGCGUACCAGACGCAUCUGCCGACUUUGUCGGGGCAGUUCAAUGCUUUGAUGCUGCUCUGGCUUGCGGUACCGCAGAUGGCAUGGUCCGUCUUUGGGAUCUUCGGAGUGGUCACGUUCAUCGCAGUCUUGUCGGCCAUACUGGCCCUGUGACAUGCUUACAAUUCGACGACCAUCAAAUGAUCACGGGUAGUCUCGACCGCAGCAUUCGAAUCUGGGAUCUUCGAACAGGGUCCAUCUUCGACGCAUUCGCGUACGACAAACCAAUCACCAGCAUGAUGUUUGACUCGCGAAGAAUCGUGGCUGCAGCAGGCGAAAACGUGGUCAAGGUUUACGACAAGGCUGAUGGUAACCACUGGGAUUGUGGUGCCGGACUUGGUGCUGAUGAAGAGGGACCGUCCCCUUCAACCAUCGAUCGAGUACGACUCAAGGAUGGAUAUCUCCUCGAGGGCCGAAAAGACGGCACUAUUGGAGCAUGGACUUGCUGA